UCCGCAAAUUCAAAAAUAUAUGUGACAGUUUGGCUGCCAUUGGACGCCCAGUUUUAGAAAAAGAAAAAGUUUACAGUUUAUUAACAAGUUUAGGUCCCCAAUAUGAGACCUUCACAACCACAAUGCUAAAACCUCCCAGACCCACAUACUCAGAGUUGAUCUCGCACCUUCAAAACCAUGAUCAAAGACGAAAUUGGUUUGCCAAUUCUGGAAAUUCCUCAUUUACUGUGCACACACCACAUUUGGCAUUUUACACGCAGCAGAAAAAAACUCCUCAAUCUAGUGGAUCUCAAAUGGUGUUUGAAAACAAAACCCCACGCUCAUCUUUCUCUUCAGCAGGACGCGGCUUCCACGCGCAGAGUCAAAACAACUAUGGCGGACAACAACGUCGUCCUGCACCUCCUGGUAAACGACGAAUGACUGCAGCAGAGCGGGAACUGUACCAAAAUGAGAUAUGCCAAAUCUGUUCCAGGAAAGGGCAUAUUGCCAAAAUAUGCUGGUGGUAUCAACCAACCUCUCCGUCAAAUGAUCUUCCACAAGCCUUAGCAACAUUGACAUUGGAUAACAGUGUAGCUGAUCAUGAUUGGACCUCAGAUACCGGUGCCACAAAUCAUAUGGCUGGAAAUGGAGGAACGGAAAACAGGUGCAAUGAUAAUGCAGGGACCAAAGAAGGGUGAUUUAUACACUAUUUCAAGCAAUCCAGAAGCACAUUUUUCAUUUCGCUUUAAGUCGUGCAGUGCAGAUGUCUGGCACCAACGACUUGGACAUCCACAAGUUUCAGCUUUAAAUAAUUUACAUAAUAAAGGCCUCAUUUCUGUCCAUGGACCAUUAAAAAUACAAAAUUUGUGUGAUAGUUGUCAACUUGGAAAACUUAGUCGAUUUCCAUUCUCAAAUAGUUCUAACUCUACUUCUGUUCCGUUUGAAAAAAUUCAUUGUGAUUUAUGGGGACCA